UUCCAGAUGUUGUUCAUUUUGGAUACAUGUCCAGUUUGAGGCGGAUUGAGGAAGCAUGGGGCAUAUAAUCACAAUAAACUGGAGAUCACGUGGAACGAUUCGACAACCUGUGAACUUCAAAUUCAACGCCAGCACCGCCACGUUUCGGCUUGUACAUUUUUACAGGCAUGGCAUUUGGAUCCUUCCUCUCCAGUGCGCGUACCCACAUGCGCAUGCGUCCCUGCGUUGGGUGAAAAGGGAACGCGCUGUAACGGAGAGAAAGCGUUCCAGUGAACCGCUAUACGUACCUAUAGACUUCAGGCCACUCAGACCAACUAGAAACGACCCUGUGAUUAGUGUGUACGCUUCUUGUUUCCGCUACAUUGUUUCGAGGGAUGAACUUUGAUGCUCACAUCACAUCACUGCUUUUACACGGGUGUGUGCGUUGCAGGCAGACGCAUAUUUCGUGUUUUCGCAAGCAGUGUGUGUCACCAAGAGCAACGCGAACUUGCUUGCAACAUCAUUGUACAGUUUAACAGGCUUGUUCCACGGAGCUGAGCUCAUCUGUCGGGCAGCGCAGCUGGGAGAAGCCCCGACUCAUUACAUAUGUACCACUGAGGACAUACUAAGUGGAAAUGAAAGAGGGAAAAGGAUAACCUCAUGCACUGUGUAGACAUGAGAGGUCAAUGGAGCAUGUGAAGAUGUCCCAGAAAGCAACUAAAAUAUGGUGGCUUCCCCUAAUUCUCCUCUUAUUCAUCUCUUUUGUCAUAUACUACUACUCCUUUGCCAUACUUCAGAGCUACAGAGGCACCAACAAGUCUCCGAACAGUAGUAAGUCGCUGUGUGAUGGCUGGCUAACCCGUAAGAAGUGGGAGAGUCUUAACUUUAACAUUAGCAGACAGAUGCAGCUCUUUCUGAAAAUGGAGGAUUUCUUCUGGCGGGAGCAUCUGUCAAAUCUGGUAUUACCUUAUGGAAUUAAGAGCAGUGAGUUGCUGCUACUGAAAGUUCUUGCUGCAAUUGCAAAUGAUCAGGUGCCUGCCAAAAUUGAAAAUCUUGAAUGCAGAACCUGUGUUGUCAUAGGCAAUGGCUUUGCUAUUAAAAACAGCUCCUUGGGAAGCACCAUCAACAAAUAUGACGUGGUCAUUCGAUUGAACGAUGCCCCGGUGAGAGGCUACGAGGAGGACGUGGGGAACAAGACCACCAUGAGGUUCUUCUACCCCGAGUCGGCCUCUUACAACCCUGGACUGCACAACGAGCCUGACACGCUUAUGGUUUUGGUGCCUUUCAAGCAGCAAGAUCUCCGCUGGCUCAAGGAGAUCCUCUAUAAUGAGAAGAGGGUCAGGAAAGGCUUUUGGAAGCCCCCUCCCCAAAUCUGGUUGGGUGACAUCAGUAAAAUCAGAGUGCUGGACCCCUAUUUUCUGCACAAGACUGCAGACAAACUGCUUCGGAUCCCACUGCAACCCAAAAGUAAACAGCCAGUGCAUCCUACCACAGGUAUCCUCGCUGUAUUUGUUGCUCUCAACUACUGUGAUGUGGUCCACAUUGCUGGUUUUGGAUACCCCAACACAAGGAGCCAAAAGGACCCUAUCCAUUACUACGGAUAUGACACCAUGAAGUCUAUGAAGAAUUCUUACCAUGACCUCAAUCAUGAAGCUGAAGCCUUAAAAAGACUGGAGGAUUCGGGAGCCAUUUCAUACCUGCACCCGGAUUUAUGAUACACCCAUUUCUCCAGUUUGAUUUAAUCCAAAAAGAAAGUAUUGCACACCAAAUUGCAUUUGAAUGUGGGUUAGGUCAUCCCAUUCAAAUCAAAUCUUAACGUGCCUUCUGCAAUGGGAUGCAAGACAUUAUGCUGGUGGUGCAUUAAGGCAUCAUUUGGUGACACAAGUGUCACAGAUCUAGCUGUGAAGUAUGUUUAGCUUCCUGGCGCCUACUAUUCUGUCAAACUCCAAGACAUGAAACGGGAUUUACCUGCUUUGUAAACAACUGUCUUUCAAUGUGUCCAGUAGAAUAAACAUUGGUAACAUGGCUCACA